UUGGCAGGAAUCGACAUCCUGGUGAACAACGCCAGCGCCAUCAGUCUGACAGGAACUCUGGAGACGCCCAUGAAGAAGGUCGACCUGAUGCUGGGAAUCAACCUGAGAGGGACUUACCUGACGUCUAAGCUGGUCAUCCCUCACCUGCUGAAGAGUCAAAAUCCUCACAUCCUGAACCUGUCGCCUCCGCUCAACCUCAACCCCGUCUGGUUCAAGAACCACACAGCGUACACCAUGGCGAAGUAUGGCAUGUCCAUGUGCGUCCUGGGAAUGGCUGAAGAGUUCAGAGGUCAAAUUGCUGUCAACGCCCUUUGGCCUAAAACCGCGAUCCAGACAGCAGCUAUGGACAUGUUGGGUGGAGAGGGCAUCAGUAAACAGUGUCGCACAGCUGACAUCAUGGCGGACGCCGCCUACGCCAUCCUGUCCUGUUCAAAGGACUACACGGGUCACUUCGUAGUGGACGAGGACAUCCUGAAGGAACAGGGAGUCAAAGACUUCGAUCAGUACGCCGUCCUGCCAGGUCACCCCCUGCUGCCAGACUUCUUUCUGGACGAAGCACCGGAGGCGCUGGCCAAACAGAUGGAGCAACACGGGGCGACCCCAGCCUUCAAACCACCAUCAUCAUCGUCAGCCACACCUCCCUCCGGUGGACCAAUAGAAAGCACGUUUGAUGUGAUCAGAGGAAUCAUUAACGAAGAUGUUGUCAAGUCAACGCAGGGCAUUUAUCAGUUUGACCUGUCAGGAGAUCACUCGGGCGUUUGGUUCCUGGACUUGAAGAGCGGCCCUGGCAGCGCUGGUCAGGGCCAACCGCCCGUCAAAGCUGAAGUCAUCAUGACGAUGGACUCCAAUGACUUCACUAAGAUGUUUGCAGGGAAGCUGAAGCCCACGCUGGCCUUCAUGGCGGGGAAACUGCGGAUCAAAGGUGACAUGACGCUUGCCAUGAAACUGGAGAAACUCAUGAGCCGCAUGAACAAGGCCAAACUGUGAGACUGAAGCCCCGCCCCGGCCCCUGUCAGGCCCCGCCUCCUGUUUGAAGCUGUACAUGUUGCCUUACUAAUGAAAGAAUAGUAAUAUGUGUUAAUAAAAUCCACCUUGAUAAUAAAGUGA